UUUGACCCGGAUGUGACGUCAAGAUUGUGUUUUUAGCCUUGUGCGCGUGCUUUAGCUUAACGUUGUCAAAAUGAACGCCUGUAAAAGGUUAGUUUCUCUAGGUGAACGAACUUUUACCCAAAACAUUUUCUUCUCGGUGGUCAAAUCGCGGACAAACGGACAAGAAGCGUCUCUCGGUCGGAGUCAGAGCACCGCAGCCCACCGCUCCCAGGACUCCGACACCACGGUGACCGGAGAGAAACUCGGGCUGAGAGCCAUCGACCUGGCCCAGAAGGUCCAGCAGGAGAAGGCGAAGACAAGGGCGGCGGCGAAACCUCCUCCGGUGUCGGGCUCUGAGGGAAGAGUGGCGGAGCUGAAACGGUUCAGUCUGCAGCUGCAAAACGUUCAUCCCAACGUGCUGGCGAAACACCUCCACAAAAGCGUGCUGUACCGGGAUAAAGAUGUGGUCAUCAUCAACAAACCGUACGGUGUCCCUGUUCGAGAGAUCCCUGGAGUCACGUCCAUCUCUUCUGUGCUUCCCGUUCUUUCGAAAAUGAUGGCCGGGACGAAUUUAAAGACUGACUCUCAACUGUUCCCCUGCAUGAGUCUGGAAAAGGAUUCAACUGGAACGCUCCUGCUGGCCACAAGCGAAGAAACAGUAGAGCACAUACUUAACCUGAAUAAAAAUAAUCAAGUCCAGAGGAAAUAUUGGGUUGUCACAGUUGGUGUUCCUGUACCGUCUGAAGGACUGAUUGAUAUUCCUAUGUUGGAAAAAGAGAUUACAGGUUCUCAGCCACACUACAAGAUGGCUUUGAGUCCGUGUUUCAAAAUGAACGACACAGGAGAUGGUUUGAGUAAAAUCCGAGGCCAUCGUCAAGCAGACCCUGCAACGACCAGGUACAAAGUCCUGGACAGCAGCAGUGGCUGCAGCCUCAUCGAGCUCCAACCUUAUACUGGAGUGAAGCACCAGUUGAGGGUUCACAUGGCAUUUGCUCUGGCUUGCCCCAUACUUGGUGACCAUAAAUAUUCCCACUGGAGCAAACUGGCACCACAGAAAUUACCAAAGCAAGUGCUGAAAAAGCUUGGAUUGGAGCAGAGCAAGAGCCGGCACAUUCCUCUUCAUCUGCAUGAGCGACAGUUAACUCUACCAAGACCCGACCAAGAGAACAUAGUCGUGUCCUGCCCCCUCCCAAAGUACUUCAUGCAAACACUGAAGAGAUUACAAUUAACAUUUCAACAUGACGAGGAUAAUAAAUAAUCUCCUUUCUCCAGUCUAAUCAAUGUCAAUUAACUGGAAGCUCAAGUUGUGAAAAUAUGUGACUGUUGUUGCAAGAAUAAAAAUGAUUUAAUCACUUACAUGGAAAACUACUGUAA